AUGUAUCACCAACAUCAGGGCCCUAGUGAGCUCUUCACUACUAGGACGACCUUUCCCAUGGAGAGGCAUCUGUUUCUGCACGGAGGAAGUACGCAAGGAGAUUCUGGGCUAGUUCUCUCAACCGAUGCAAAACCAAGGCUCAAAUGGACACCCGAGUUACAUCAGCGAUUUGUAGACGCGGUCAAUCAAUUGGGUGGAGCAGAGAAAGCUACUCCAAAAACAGUCAUGAGGCUUAUGGGCAUUCCAGGACUCACCUUGUAUCAUCUGAAAAGCCACCUCCAGAAAUACAGGCUCAGUAAGAACCUCCAAGCUCAAGUUAACGUCGGGACAAACAAGAACACCAUAGGAUGUGCAAUUGCAGCUGAUGGCAUGCCCGGAACAAGUGUGCCAGAGAUGAUCAAUACAAAUGCCAUUCCACAGCCAGAGAAAACUAUGCAAAUUGGUGAAGCCCUACAGAUGCAAAUCGAGGUGCAGAGACAAUUAAACGAACAACUUGAGGUACAACGGCAUCUGCAACUACGGAUAGAAGCCCAAGGGAAGUAUCUGCAGGCAGUUCUAGAGCAGGCACAAGAGAGCCUUGGAAAACAGAAUUCGGGUCCUGCAAACCUGGAAGAUGCAAAGAUGAAAAUAUCAGAACUAGUCUCACAAGUAUCAAAUGAAUGUUUCGGCAGUGGAGUUACAGAGAUAAAAGAAAGUUCAAGUAUGCACAGACUAGAGCCGAGGCAAAUCCAGUUCAUGGAAAGUUCAACCAAUAACUGUUUGACUGCAGCCGGAGGAUUCAUCAAUGAGCAUAGACUACACAGCCAUGGAAUGCUCAAAGCAUAUGAUGAUAGUUCAAUAUUUUGCAGAAAGCACUCUCCUGACCAUGAGUAUCAGUUUUCCCUUAAUAGAAGCCUAAGCGAGCGUAAGAUGGGUCAUUUGCAAAAUGUGAAUGAGUACCACAAAGCAGAGUUUGGAAGUGAAAGUGACAUGGAGAUUCAACAGGAAUAUACUACACCUCAAAAGAAUGGCAGAGGCAGCACCGCCAGUUCGGCCUCAGGAAGCAAAGAAAGAGAUGCAGACAGACUAUAUCUUGAAGAAGCAAACUGCAAGAGACAAGCGGUUGAACAUUCCGGUUUUGAGCAUCCAAGUUCUGGGAAGAAAAUUGAUCUGAACACUCAAAACACUGAUGAUGGUGAUCAAGGGUAUAGGCAUUUUGAUUUAAAUGGCUUCAGCUGGAGCUGA